GAACCACUGUCUAACCUACUUUCACCCUCUUUAUGUAUUAGGUUUUCGAUCAGCUUAAACGACAUAGUUUUGUUUCCCUUUUUUUCCUUUUUUCUUUUGAUCAUUUUUAUUUCCGUCUUUAACUCUUAACGGAACACAAAGAUUAUUUAUUUUCCUCCUCAAAAUUUCCUCCUCAUACCAAACAGGACCAGAAGGAAAGUUUUAGAGAUUUUCAAAUUCAAUAGAAAACAUUUUUUUGUUGAAAAAAAAAAGAAAAAACACAGAUGAAUUUGAAAGAACCAUUAUGGAGCAAGAGAACAGAGUCAAACGAACCUCCAUCUCCAUCAUCGUCAUUGCCAAGAGACCCAGAAACAGAGGCUGCCGCGGCUGCUGCAACGAGUGCGGUUGAAGAACUUGUUAACUCUCUCAACAAGCAACGAAUCUACAGAGAAGUCACCCUCGCUCUCCGCACUGGCUUGCGCGACGUCCGCGCCGAGUUCUCUUUCCUCCGAGUCCGUGGCCUUCGUUUCCUCCUGAAAUCCCUCCGAUCCAUAGCGCAGUCUGACUCCUCCAUCACUCUCUUUUCCCAAACCCAGUCCAUCCCUGACCUCCAAGUGGUUCCGCUGUUGUUUGAGCAUUCCUUUAAAGAAACAGAGGAUGAAAAGUUGGGAAGCUUAGAUCACAUAUUCAGCGUGGAGCCAAUGAAGGUUAAAAGUCCUUCCACGGAUUCAGAAGUUGCUCUUGCGCUUAGAGUCUUGGAAGGUUGCUGUCUACUUCACCCUGAAAGUACUCGUUUGGCCCAUCAACACAAAGCCAUCCCGGUUUUGAUGAAUGUUUUGUCAACUCGAGGAGUUCUUGAACAAGGUGCAUGCCUGGAUGCUUUAAUCUCGAUACUGUUGGAUUCGUCAGCCAAUCAAAUGGAUUUUGAAGCAUGUAAUGGCAUUGAGGAAGUUGCAGAGCUCAUACGAGACAAGCAAGUGGAUGAAAAUCUUAGGUACUUGAAAAUAGUGAUUGAAAUGUGGAGAGUUCUUGCUUCUACUCAUUGGGCAUGUAAAUGGGAGGGAAAGGUCUCCCAUAGCAACCAUUCAUGAAGAGGUAAGGCGACUUUUAGGUGAAAAGUCUGCUUCGUUGAUAUGGGCUGCUAGUCAGUUCGGCUCAACUCUUGAUCCAGAGCAGAGAUUGACAGCUCUCCACAUUCAAGCCCGUCGGGUUCUAGAAUCCCUAGACUUGUACUGAACGUUAAUUUCUACUGUUCUUUAUACUGCUUGUUGUUUCAUGGAAUAUCAUUGUUGAUUUAGAAGGAUGCAAAGAUGUUGCCUUAUGGAACCAGCACUCUUCUGGUUGUUAGUGGCUGCUAGUUAAGUUAGGGGAGAAUAUUGCAGAAAUUCAGAUCUUAUGAUUCAUUCUAUACUUGUACAAAAAGAAAAAUGAGACAAAGCAGAAAGUAUCAUGCAUUUACCAAGCAAUUGUUUUCAUGUUAAGGGUUAGUUUGUCUACACUAGCAUACAUCAUACAUGUCUUAUGAAUUUGCCUUAUGGAACCAGCACUCUUCAGGUUGUUAGUGGCUGCUAGUUAAGUUAGGGGAGAAUAUUGCAGAAAUUCAGAUCUUAUGAUUCAUUCUAUACUUGUACAAAAAGAAAAAUGAGACAAAGCAGAAAGUAUCAUGCAUUUACCAAGCAAUUGUUUUCAUGUUAAGGGUUAGUUUGUCUACACUAGCAUACAUCAUACAUGUCUUAUGAAUUUGCCUUAUGGAACCAGCACUCUUCUGGUUGUUAGUGGCUGCUAGUUAAGUUAGGGGAGAAUAUUGCAGAAAUUCAGAUCUUAUGAUUCAUUCUAUACUUGUACAAAAAGAAAAAUGAGACAAAGCAGAAAGUAUCAUGCAUUUACCAA